GCUCCGCGCUGCAGCUCCGUGCUUCCCCGCAGCUUCUCACUGACGCUGAUCGACGCCCUGGACACGCUGCUGAUCCUGGGAAAUGUCACCGAGUUCCAGCGCGUGGUCACCGUGCUGCAGGAAGGGCUGGAUUUCGAUAUCGAUGUCAACGCGUCCGUCUUCGAGACAAAUAUCCGAGUGGUUGGUGGCCUCCUUUCUGCUCACUUGCUGUCCAAGAAGGCUGGCGUUGAAGUGGAGGUGGGAUGGCCGUGCUCUGGACCUCUCCUGAGGAUGGCAGAGGAAGCAGCUCGCAAACUGCUGCCAGCUUUUCAGACUCCCACUGGGAUGCCUUAUGGAACAGUGAACUUGUUGCAUGGAGUAAACCCUGGGGAGACCCCGGUUACCUGUACUGCUGGAAUUGGUACUUUUAUAGUGGAAUUUGCCACUUUAAGCCACCUGACUGGUGACCCAGUGUUUGAGGAUGUUGCCAGGAAGGCUCUGAAGGCACUGUGGAAAAACCGCUCAGAUAUUGGACUGGUUGGCAACCACAUUGAUGUGGUAACUGCCAAAUGGGUGGCCCAAGAUGCUGGCAUUGGAGCAGGAGUGGAUUCCUACUUUGAAUACCUUGUUAAAGGAGCCAUUCUCCUGCAGGACAAGGAGCUGAUGUCCAUGUUUCUAGAAUAUAACAAAGCUAUCAAAAAUUACACAAAGUUUGAUGACUGGUACCUCUGGGUUCAGAUGUACAAAGGAACAGUAUCCAUGCCUGUUUUUCAGUCUCUGGAGGCUUACUGGCCAGGCCUGCAGAGCCUAAUUGGGGAUGUAGAUAAUGCCAUGCGAACCUUCCUCAACUAUUACACUGUUUGGAAGCAGUUUGGUGGGCUGCCUGAGUUCUACAACAUUCCUCAGGGCUAUACAGUGGACAAGAGAGAAGGAUACCCGCUCAGGCCAGAGCUGAUUGAGAGUGCAAUGUAUCUGUACCGUGCCACACGAGAUCCCAUACUCUUAGAACUGGGAAGAGAUGCAGUGGAGUCGAUAGAGAAGAUCAGCAAGGUGGACUGUGGGUUUGCAACUAUCAAAGACUUGAGAGAUCACAGACUGGAUAACCGCAUGGAAUCCUUCUUUCUGGCUGAAACAGUGAAAUACUUGUACCUACUGUUUGACCCAGACAACUUCAUUCACAACGAUGGAUCAGACUUUGAUGUUGUGAUCACCCCUUACGGCGAAUGCGUCUUGAGUGCUGGAGGGUACAUCUUCAACACUGAAGCUCAUCCCAUUGACCCUGCAGCCCUGCAUUGCUGUAGGAAGCGAAAAGAAGAGCAGUGGGAAGUAGAAGACUUAAUGAGGGAGUUUUACUCACUUCAGAAAAACAAGAAAUUCCCCUUAAAGCAAGCUUCUGACUGUGGUGAAGGGGAAUGUGCAAAAGACCCCACAGGUGCAUCUUUAGGUGGAAAGAAAAGAAACUCAAAGAAGAGCUCACACUCCCUUUUGAGUUGCCCCAAUCAAUCUUUUAACUCUAAACUUGCUGUACUGGGACAGGUCUUCCUGGACAACACUUGAUUAUAUGUUUAUUAUCAGUAUAAAUUACUGAACUUGAUCCAGACUCUGGGAAUGUAUUUUUAUAGUUUCGUAAUGGAAAAAGCCAUACCUCACAAUGUGAAUUGUAUGAAGUGAAAAAAACUUCACAUUAAAUUCUGCUGCUGCUGGUUCAUAAAUGUGAUUCACACGUUAGCUGUUGAUGCUAUGAAGUUGCUAACCUCAAAACUGUCGGUUGCCUGAAUAGCAAGCAGGUGUUCAGAAGGAAAAGGCUCUCCAGGUUGAGAGGUACUGUGUUUAUGUGCUCCAUAAAAGUGAGCCUAAGUGGUCGAUAAGGAAGAAGCACUGGAUUACAAGCUCUAGUUGCAGCACUGAGACUACAAAUCUCUCCUCUGUGAUAUACUCUGCGUUUUUUCACUGGCCUCAUUAUAAAUGUGUGGUUAGCCUGAAAGGUCUGUGAUUUGGUAGGAAAACCUUGUGAUUCAUGAGGUGAAGGCUCAGAUUUGUAGAUCUAGCAUGUCUAUCAAGCAUAAAGGAUGGCUCAGCGGAAGGAGGGCACUUGUGAUAUGGGGAACUGCUUCCUGCAUGUGUAGAAUCAGCAUGAGUCAGUACUACCAACCUGAAACUGGUUUAGUAAGCAUCCAGGUAAUGUCACCUGCAAACUGAGGUGUAAUGUGGACUAGCAAAGGCUCCAUUUACCCUGCAGUAGUGUGUGCUCUCUUCUUCAGAACCUGAUAUGCUUUUCCUAUGAAAUUUCCUCAUUUCCUUCUUCUUUUAAACUUCCCCUUGGGGCCUCGCUUGUCUAACUCCACAUCAGCCAGUUCUAAUAGUGAAGUUGGCCUCCAGGUGGACCUGCUGAGUUCUGCGUGUAAUAAGGGCAGAGUGGGAGGUGACUUGGUUUAGAAUGAAAUGCAACUCUCUCAUGGUGCAGGAAGUUCUUAAGCU